AUGAGAUCUUGCAUGGGGGUGGCUUUAGUUGCUAUGGUGGAUAAUGAAUCUGAAUACUCGGUCUCAAAUAGUGCAACUCCUUUUAGUUCUAAUAGUUCAAAUGUUUCAACUAUAAUGAAUCGGACGAUAACCGAAAAUAAGGGAUUUCUUCAUUCCUUACUAUUUAUUCCACCUUAUCCAGCAUUCAAAUGGACCAAAAAGGUCCAAGAUUCAAUUAUAUCAUCUUUCUUCCUCGGUUAUAUGCUCCUACAAAUUCCUGCUGGUCAGUUGGCGCAUUUCUUCGGAGCUCGGUAUUUACUAACUGGAGCUCUUUUAAUUAAUUGUGUGGUAUCAUUCUGUUUACCGUGGGCAGCUUUAUACGGAGGAUGGAUAGUGACAUCAAUAUGCAGAAUAAUUCAAGGUUUAAGCCAAGCGUGUAUUGUGCCGGGUAUGCACACUAUGUUCGGCAAAUGGACAACGUUAGAGGAAAGAGGAAGAUUAGCCGGUUUAGCCUAUGGUGGCCAAGCACUCGGGACAGUAUUAGGCUUACCUAUAGCUGGUUUCAUAGCAUCAUCGCCACUUGGUUGGCCAGGAAUCUUUCGUUUUUAUGCUAUCUUGUCUGGUAUAUUUGGUGCUGUGAUGUGGACACUUGGCGCUGAUAGUCCCGCGCAGCAUCCUAAGAUAUCUGCCGCUGAAAGAUAUUAUAUUGAAGACAGUAUAGGCCACGUUGGACACCAUAAUAAGAAGAAACUUAAAGUCCCUUGGGGAGCUAUCUUAAGAAGUCGUGGAAUGUAUGCCAUUAUUUUUGCCCACAUUGGUAGUGCUUGGGGUCAAUUAACCUUAUAUUCGGAAGUGCCAGCAUUUAUGGAUAAAGUUAUGGGAGUUAAUAUAAAGGCGAAUGGACUUUUAUCUGCGCUCCCUUUUCUUGUCAUGUGGCUAACAAACUUCUUCUUCAGCUGGUUCACUGAUAUGCUGAUAGUAAAAAAGUAUCUGACUGUACGGCAUACGAGGAAACUGGCAAAUUCUAUAGGUGCUAUCUCAGCCGCUGCAGGUUUGAUCGCAUUAGCGUAUGCACCAAAGAAUAUUUACGUAGUUGAAACCAUAUUAAUAAUUAUUUGCGCUAUGAAAGUUUCAACACAAGUCGGAUUUCAAGUAAAUCAUAUCGACAUCUCCAGUAACUUUUCGGGCACUAUGAUGAGUAUCAGCAACUUUGCAUCAAAUUUAUUUGGCACUCUUGCUCCUUUAGUGGCUGGUAUGAUAUUAACUGAUGUGACUGACAAAUAUUUAUGGCGUAAAGUAUUUUUCGUGUCGGCUGGACUGUAUCUAUUUACUAAUACAGUUUACGUCAUAUUCGGCACGGCGGAGACCGCUGAGUGGGACAACCCGCCUGAAGACGAAACAGAUAAUCUUAAAGAAAUGGAGUCAAUGCUUAAAGAGAAACGCGAUAUGGAAAAGAUUAAUGGAGGGACAAAA